UUUUUAAUCCGGAACACUUCCAUUGAAAAUUGUCGCUAAAAUGUAUCCAAAACAUUUUCAAACGUGCUGCCGUCUAUGUCUGGGCACUUCCAAGAAGCAGCUGGAAAUCUUCGCCGUUCCAGAACUAUCGGAAAUGCUUCAAACGCUGUACAAGUUGGAGAUUACUCCAAUGGACGAUGCCAGCACCAGCAUCUGCGUCGACUGUUAUUACGAGGCAAAGGUGUCCUGCAACUGGUUGCGAGUUCACCGGAAGCUGAAACAGCAGUCCGAGGAGAACCAGGCAAUUUUCGAGAAGCAACUGAAGGUAACGGAACCGAUCGAAAAGGUCUUCGGCAUCAACUGGAAGACCAACAGCCUUCUGAAGAACCACCAUAGCCAGCAGCAUCAGUUACGACAGGAACUACUAAACUGGGAUGAACGGAUCGCUAGCGCAGCGGAAAAUUAUCCGGCGAGAUGUGGACUCUGCCCCAGUGUGUUUCCGGACGCGAGAUCCCUUCGUCAUCACAACCUCAAUGUCCACAAGAUCGGUCUUGGUCAGCCGUCGAAUCCCGUUACAGAGAGGCAUCCGAUGAAGAGGGUGCAUCGCUCCCGGUCGACUCGAGCUAUGGAGAAUUACCCGGUCGUGGCGGAACCAACGGGGCGGGCCACAAGGCGUAGCAAAUCGAUUGCCUGCCCGGUGGAACUUCUGCAGGCAAUAAGUCAGCCUCCGGCGUGCCGAACUCGUUCCAAGAGUCAAGAUGUGGAUAAGUUGCUGGCGGAAACAGCAACAAAAGACGUUCCACACAGGUUCUUUUGCGACAUUUGCGGUCACGGAUUCGCAUCGAAGUAUCGUGUCGUUCGACACAAGAAAAAAGAGCACAAAACUCCAGACUCCGUAACUCAUGUACAAGGCAGUUUUAAUGGGCUUUGACUCCACACUCUGAAGAGUGUGAAACCGGAUCCGACUAAAGGAUCAUCACGGAAGCGUUC